CGUUAAUCUAUCUAGUCUCAAAAAAAUUAGCAAUAAUUUUUCUCAGAAAUAUCCCUGUGUGUAUUUUUUAAGAUUUAAAAGAAGAAAAAAUCGUAAACAAAUUCUGGGCACCACAGUGCUUAGUUUUUAAUUUUCCCCAAAAAAUAUCACCCAACUUAAGGAAUUAAAUAUAAAACAAAGUGAUACUGUAUUGAACCAUCCAAAACUAAAGUUCGGUGCAUGAGUCCAGUGUAACUAACAAUUUUUUUUUUGGGAGUAAAAGAAGCCAGAGUCAAGGAUUAAACGAACUUCAUUCUUUUCGGAGCGAAUUCAUGAAUCUUUGGGGAUCAUUAAAGUUUCUUGUUUCAACUUAAUUUGUUUGGAUUAGCCGCCGUUUCAUAUGACCAAAAGGCGAAUUUUCUGGGAUAUCGUGUGAAACUUUUGGUUCAUUUGGCUUAAAAAAAAAAAAAAAAAAACAAAAAAGAGUUUCACAAACAAAACACCUCUUUUUUGGAUAACUAUAUCACUCACUGAAAAGCCUGAACAAAAACAAACCUUAGAAAACACAAUCUAAUUUUUGGAAACCUUUUGCUGCUACCAAAAAAAAAAAACUCUACAUUUGUUUCUACAUUAAAAUCACAAAAAAAGAACUCGUCUACACAUCAUAUUCUGGUUUAACUAAUUUUUUGGAAAUUUUCAACUACAUCACUCAUUGAACAAAUCAAAAAUCUGAAGAAAAAACCAAGCCGAGCAACUAUAAGGAACAUCGGACUAGAUGUAAUCAUUUUAUACCUCAAACACUUUUUAAACGCUAAGAGUAAUAAAUAAAAUUGUAAAUUUUUGUACUUAAGUGUUUAAAAUAAGGUUUACACCACACUGAGAGAAUUAAUAAGUAACAAAACAUUAUAAAUUAUAUUUUAAAUAUAAGUUGUAUAGACAAAAGAAAGAAACCCAAUUAGCUUCAAGCAACUAUUCAAACCGAAAAUCCACACACUCACACACACACCGCAUAGUUUGUAAAUUUCAUACAUAGAAACAACUGGAACAAUAAUUUUAGCAAGUUAUUUGCUAUUAUUUUGCUUAACAGCGAAAAAAGGAGUCACUAGAUCAUAAGAAACCCCUACACAAACAUACCCAAAUCCUUAAACACCCACACUCACAAACACACAUAAAGCUUCAAGAUGACUAUGAGUACAAAUAAUUGCGAAAGUAUGACAUCAUACUUUACCAACAGUUAUAUGGGUGCCGAUAUGCACCAUGGUCACUAUCCGGGUAACGGUGUCACCGAUCUCGAUGCCCAACAAAUGCAUCACUACAGUCAAACACCAAAUCAUCAGGGCAAUAUGCCUUAUCCACGUUUCCCGCCUUAUGAUCGUAUGCCCUACUACAAUGGCCAGGGCAUGGACCAGCAUGGUGUCUAUUCGCGGCCCGACAGUCCCUCAAGUCAGGUAGGUGGCUGUGUGCCACCUUCGCAGGCGAACGGUGGCCCCAUGGCGCCCCAUCAACAGGCUCCACCUCAGCAACAGCCAACACUGAACGAUGCCCACCAGCAACAUCAUCCGCAAGUGACGCAACAACAGGUGACACAACAAGUGCCAGCGCAUCAGCAACAUCCGCAACAGCAGCAGCAACAGCAGCAACCUGUCGUCUAUGCCAGUUGUAAAUUGCAGGCGGCCGUGGGCGGUUUGGGCAUGGUGCCCGAGGGUGGAUCACCACCACUGGUGGAUCAAAUGGUAGGCGGUCAUCAUAUGAAUCCUCAAAUGGCAAUGCAACAUCAUAUGCAACAUACACAGGCUCAGUUGGGUUACAAUGAUGUCGUAGUACCCGAUGUUACGGAGUUGGGUUACAAUGAUGUCGGAGUACCCGAUGUUACGGAGGUCCAUCAAAACCAUCACAACAUGGGCAUGUAUGGUCAACAACAAACCGGCGUACCCCAAGUGGGUGGACCACCCCAGGGCAUGAUGCAUCAGGGUCAAGGACCACCACAAAUGCACCAAGGACACCCCGGCCAGCAUACACCACCAUCACAAAAUCCAAAUUCGCAACCAUCAGGGAUGCCUUCGCCUCUAUAUCCCUGGAUGCGAAGUCAAUUUGAACGCAAACGUGGCCGUCAAACUUAUACUCGCUACCAAACUCUAGAACUGGAGAAAGAGUUCCAUUUCAAUAGGUAUUUGACCCGUCGAAGACGUAUUGAAAUUGCUCACGCCUUGUGCUUGACCGAGCGACAAAUUAAAAUCUGGUUCCAAAAUCGUCGCAUGAAAUGGAAAAAGGAAAACAAGACCAAGGGAGAACCCGGCUCCGGAGGUGAAGGUGAUGAGAUUACACCGCCAAAUAGUCCACAAUAAAUGUAAUAUUAUUAAAGUAAUAUAUAUUUAAAUGGAGAAAAAAAACUACAAAAAAAUUAUAAAAUAUUAAAAAUAAAAAAAAAAACACACACACACAAAAUUCAAAUUCAACAUCUUGACAAACCAACCAUAGGCAAAAUGAAAAAAAAAAACAACUGUAUGAUUUUGAUAUGAGAAACUUUAUUUAUUUUGUUAUUAAAAAAAUACAACUAUUUGCUAAGAAAAAUUGUAUUGAAUUGUUACAUAUAAGUUUAAUUGUUUUUUAUUUGUUUUUGAUUUUUAAAUUACAAUAUUGCCUAAAAAUUAAGUGCAUAUAUCAAAGGAGAGGAAUAUAAAAGAAAGGAUUUUUUUUUGAUAGGUUUGUAAGAAAUCUUUUUUUGUAUUCAAACAAUUCAAAGAUUUCAAUCAUUAGAUCUUAAGUUUAUUAUUUUUAUAAACAAAUGUUUAAUUUUCAAAUUUGGCAAAUUGGGCGUUAGGCCUAAAUGUGAGAGAGUUGAAAAUUCAAAUGCCAACACGUACUUUUUGAAGAGUAAUUGAGAUACUUAUAACAACCAAUGAAUAUGUUUAAAGAGUUUUAACAAUAUUUAACAAUUUUCUUACAAUUAUGUGUGGAAAUUAAUAAUUUACGAUAAUUAGCAAGAUUUUGAAUUUAAAACUUAUGUAUGUAUUAGCUUAAAGCAAGCUAUUUGCUUAUAUUAUGGUUUAAACACAUCCAAUGAAAAAGCUCACAAAUUUGAAAAAAAAAAUCCUUGAAUUAAGUUUUAUAUGCCUUGCUUAACAAAUUUAGUUGAGAACCUAAUUUCGAGCAUUGCAGGCCUAUUAAAAACAUAUGUUACCGACUGUUAUUAUACGUUAUCAAUACUGUCUAGUGCAAGUUCACUCUAAAAAUAUUUGCAUUAUAUUUGUCUGGAUAGUGUUCAAGUAUUUCUGAAUAUUUCCGAAUUCCUUUUCUGCAAUUGUAACAGAAGUUUAAGCAUAUAUCGAUGGUACAAGUGCAACCAUCGGUGUCGCCUAUCAUCGAAAAACUUCUAAACUUUUUUGAAAGAUUCAUUGGUUUCUGAUUAUUUCGAUUGUCAAAUGUUCUGGAUAGAAUUGCAGCACAAAGUUGUACUGGAUAGUCAUCGAUAUCAUGUGAUAACAGAAAAAAAUGACCGAAUAAUCGUGAUUUUCUCCUUAAUGUAAUCAAAACAACAACAACCAUAGAGAAACCCGUUGUUGUUGUAGCAGUGUGUUUUACACUAAGGCGGAAGCCCUUGGCGAUGAAUAACUACAUCGGGUCAAUCCGGUACGAAGAACCGGCUGCCAUGGGAUUGAAGAAACCCGUAACAUAGAGUAGUUGUGAGUGUAGAUAAGUGCUGUCUAAAAUCAUCAUUUGUAUGAACUUCUUAUAACUUUGCGUACCAUAUUUGAUGCAAAAUAUCUUCUGAACUUAAGGACUCUUAUUUUUUAACUUAAUUCAUCAACAUAAUUCUCAUCAAAAGCUAUAGAACAUUUCAGUUACAAAACGAUUAUUCCAUGUCGCGUAUCCCCUUUUUAGGAUACGCUGAAAGCUAAGAUAAUUGAAAGUUUCAGAUGUUUUUAGGUACCUGCAUAAAUGAUGAAGUGAUAAUAUUACCUCAAUUACAUGAUACAUAUUCAAUGUCUCCGGUACCGCGUUUGAAAUUUUAUAUUUAGUUUGUAUGUAACAAGAUUUCGUCUCUUGAACUUUUAUCUCUCUCAGCACUCACACAUUAGUGAACUAAAAACCGAAAGUUUAAAGGCUCUUUUUACAACUUUUUUUUAGAAUUCCUUCAAAGAAUAGAACAUUAACAGUCAGUUUAUCUACUUUUGUGUCACUCGCAAACUCAUUCGAAGAUCGGGUUUCCCCAUUACAAAAUCAGCUGAUACAAGCGAACGACUAGCAAUGAUUUUAAGUGAGAUAUUAUUAGACAAAUAACUUACUUUACUUUAAUUGGCUAUGCCAGAACAUUUGUUCCACUAGCGGAACGUAGAAUAGCGUUCCAAGCGCCUCAAUCUUCUGCUCUAAUUUUAUAAUUUCUGACCACCAUCGGACUUUUGGUCGUCCCGGUUUGGGUGUACCACUGUGUUUGCCUUUAAAAGACUUCUUUGCUGCAGCUCCAUCAUCAAUUCUGACAACAUGGCCUAGACAACGCAGACGUUGUAUGUUGAAACGUGUAACUAUGCUACAGUCGUCAUACAGCUCGUGGUUCAUACGACAUUAGACAAACAACAACUAAAGAAAAACCAAACCACGGCGUUGUCAAUUUUACCCCAUUGGUUCUAAAAAGUGAAUCAACACACACACGUUAUCCGAUCAACCAUAAAUGUUUAUAAAUCAACAUCAGUUUUAUGUGAACAAAACGUUCGAAAUUGUCACCAAGCGUUAAAAUUCUAAUGAAGUCUAAUGUAACGUUACUUUUUAAUGAUUGCAUUGAUUGAUUGAUCCUUUGUGUCAUCCUUUCCACGAUCGUGUGUUUAUUAACGCCUUACUACAUUGCUCCACCGGCUCUUAUGUAGAUAUAAUAUUUUAAGAGUCUUUUAAAUGUAAGGUUGGUACCCAGCAAAAAGUCACAUUACUGGGUAAAUCAGUGGGUAAUCCGAAACAAAAUUCAAUAGCCAAUUACAUUCAGGUACACCCUCAAUAUUACUUUAAUAUGGCCAUGCCAUUGGAGGAAAGUGCUUCAGAGUAAACAUACCACCAAAUGAUAAAUAAGUAAUUCUUCUUACAAAUACUGAGGUGCUAAAUAUGGCAUACCUCUAAACAUACCGAAGUAUGUGUAUGUCGAAAAUAAUAGUUUCGAUUUAAUAAUAUUUAUUGCUUAGGAAAGAUCAGGCAAGUGGGUAAUAAUCGACCCCUAUUUCCUAUUUCGAAAUACGGUUUUAUUCUUGACACACCCCUAUAAUUCGCAUUCAGUAUAACGAAUCUGAAGUCCAUUUUGGUUGUCAGACACUGGCACCCGGAAAACCUAUUUAAAAUUUCAAAUAAAGUUUUCCAUUGUGAUAGUUUGUAACAAGAAAGAUCAUCAACCCAAAAAAGACUUCAGGCUCGUUCGCAACUUGUUUGGCGUUUCUUUUGCAUUUGUAUACUUUUUGGAAGAUUGGGGAAGGACAUACUAGAGAAGUUUCGACACUUUACUCUUCGGAAAAUUAGUUAAAAUUCAUAUUAAAGUAUUUAGUAGCUGAAAGAUAACUUUCUCAUCACUACUCUUAAUGGAUCUGUAACCAUCUACAAGCUCUCCCAGGUGCUUCAAUUUGGACUUGCAUGUUUUUAAUCCCUCGAAGUUUUUAAACUUCACCAUUCUGUAUACAGUAGGAAAGAAAUCGCCAAAUUCAAUAAAUCCUAAAAAAAAAAUUUUUAGGGUUAAAAUAUAAGCGUCUGAUUGCUUUUUGUCUAUUCUUCACUGAAUUUUACAAAGGUCAAUCAAUCUGCGGUUCGAAUUGCUUUCUUUUUUCAUAUGCAAAUUUCAGUGAGAUACUAUAAUCUUCUAAAAUUUCUUGAAAUUUUCGCUCAAUAUUUUUUUUUUUUUAAAUUUAAAUAUUUGUUUUUUAAAAUAAUAAUGUUCUAAAAAACUUACGAUUCUUCUUUCUUACAAAUUUAAAUUUUGUUUUUUAUAUUCCUCUCCUUAUAUAUAAUGUACAAUAUUUUGUUUAAAUUUAUCCUCAUUUAUAUAACUGUUCCGCAAAUCUUAUGUUUAUUUUAAUACCCUAAAUUAUUUUUUUUCAACUCGAAUAUUUAAAUAUUGUAAAA